AUGCUCUCGAUCCACCACCAGUACUUCCUCCACGUCGUCGAUGCCAUAUUCAAACACGCAUCAAGUGUACCCCCGUCCCUCGCCAUAAUGGCGCAGACCUGUCGCGAAUGGCGACGCCGAUCCCUCUCGCCCUUCCAUACCAUCCGCGGCUACCAAAUCCUCGAGGAGCACCCCAAGCCAACCGUUGUUGUGUGGGAUCAGUUUGACAACGUCCUCUUCUUCAGAGGAAGGUCCCAGCUAGCCCUUCUCGCCGAUUGCCACGUGCUCGACAUCCGCGAUAUCAGCCACGCCAAGCCGGAGCCCGCGACGUUCCUUCCCAACCUGAAGACGGUUCGCUAUCAAGCCCAUCUUGACCCUGAGAGAGUCACCAGCAGGACUGAACCUUUUGGGGCAAAGCAGAUUGUAUGCCAGAAUCACGUCUACUCAUUCGAUUGCCCAAGUCCCGCUGUCAACACUGUCGUCAUUCACUGCGCCGAACCACAUGCCAACCUCCGCAUUUGGGGCGCCGAUCUUGUAUCGGAAGGCAGGGUGAACCUCUCCGGCCUCUCUGAACUCACGCGCCUCAUUAUCAUCUUCGAAAAACCCCUUCACGAUGCCAUCCACGACGGGAAGAGCAUCAUCAACAUCGUAAUCGCAAAGGACAGCACCCUGUCGCGCAAGGGCUGGCACAGCAAAGGUGAACCGUGCAAGCAGCUACGCCUGAUUCGCCGUCUGAUGCAAGCCGCGGUACAUGUCGGGGCUGCCGUAGUCCUCGUCGGCACGGAGGCUUUCUCGGACGACGAUGUUGCCGAAAUUCACCGGUUUGAUUUCGAGGGGAGGAUUCACGCAGGUGCAGAUGAGCCAAAAGGAUGGUACAGCUUCGUCACGCUCGACGCGUACCGCCGUGACGUUGGUGAGGAGGAGUGGGCCAUCCAGACGUGCUGGGACGGGCCCCUCUUUCCGCACCGCACUGGGGCCUGA